UUGACUUCACUAUUUAACAUUGAAUGGAGGUUAACGAAAAAACUUUGCCAGCGCUAUACAAAAGGAGGGGCUUCAACGAUUGAGGGGCAGAAAGUAGCAAUGUUUUGGGCAGUCACGCUCUUCCUCUUCUCAGCUUUCAUUCUCAGGCAAUGGCUCUCCAGCAUAUCUCUCAAUCUUCCACCAGGUCCCAGAGGAUUACCUCUCAUCGGCCACUUCCAUCUCCUGGCCAUGGGCAAGCUGCCACACAUCGCACUCCAGCAGCUCUCCAAGAGAUUUGGACCCCUCUUUCACUUGCGCCUGGGAUCUGUCCCUGUGUUCGUGGUCUCCAGUCCAGCGAUGGCCAAGGAGUUUCUCAAGAUCCACGACACGGAAUUCGCCUAUAGGCCUCGUAACAACACAGCCUCCAUAAUCUUUGACUUCAGGAGCAUGUCUUUCUCGCCGUAUGGAGACUACUGGAAGAAGCUGAGGAAGCUCUGUGCCACGGAGCUAUUCACGGCCAAGAGGGUGAGUUUGAACGCGCAGAUCAUCCGGGACGAGCUGUGGGAUCUCAGUCGCGAGCUCUCGAGGGCUUCCAAAGCUGGCCAAGUUGUGGGCGUGAGAUCACAUUUGAGGGCGCUGAGCUUCAAUGUCAUGACUCGUAUCCUUAUGAAGAAGACUUAUUUUGGGUCCAAGGCGUCUGGUGAUCCCGCGAUUGCGGAAGACGCCUCGAAUUUCAUUGGGAUGAUUGAUGAGUUUCUUGAGGUGGGAGCUGAGUUUUCGAUCACUGACUAUUUCCCCUACUUAAGCUGGCUCGACUUGGUUGCCCGCCGCGCAAAGGUGGCUGGGGAUAAGAUGAAUGGCUUCUUGCAAAAGGUUUUGGACGAGCAGCGCCCUGGUGAGGUUCCCGAUUUCGUGGAGAUCACAAGGUCUCACAUUGGAAACGAUGCGGCCAAUCUCAAAGCUCUGCUCAUGGAUCUACUGCUGGGUGGAUCUGAAACAUCAUCAACAGUGAUCGAGUGGGCUCUGGCGGAACUUCUUCACCACCCAGAUUGGAUGAUUAAAGCUCAGCAAGAGAUUGAGAACGUUGUCGGACACACACGCAUGGUCGAAGAAGCAGACAUAUCCAAGCUCGAGGUUUUGAAUGCCAUCAUCAAGGAAAGCUUUCGUCUCCAUCCUCCCGUUUCUUUGCUCAUACCACACGCAUCGGUCGAGGCUCAGAAUGUUGCAGGCUAUGACAUCCCCAAGAAUGCAACGCUUAUUGUGAAUGUCUACGCAAUUGGCAGAGACCCUCAAGUUUGGAGUGAUCCUCUGGAGUUCCAGCCCCAGCGAUUCAUUGGCAGCAGCAUCGGUGUCAAUGGCCAAGACUUUGAGCUGCUUCCAUUCGGAUCUGGAAAGAGGUCUUGCCCCGGGCUUCUUCUGGGUAUUAGAAACGUCCAGCUCGUUCUUUCCAAUCUUCUACAUGGAUUCGAGUGGAAAUUUCCUGGAAGCCCAAAAGAUCAGCCUAUGGAUGAAGCUACAGCAGUCGUAAACUACAUGGCACACACUCUCAAAGCCAGGAUCACUCCCAGACUCAACGAAAGUGCUUACACCACUCUCAAGUUGACUCAGGAAUAGAAAAAAUAAAAAAUGUCCAACAUGCUUUUUGAUCCACAGAGUAAAACUUUACUAGCAUAGUGUUUACCGUU